AUGGACGUGGACGUGGACGUGGACGUGGACUUGGACGUGGACGUGGACGUCGACGUGGACAUGGACGUGGACGUGGACGUGGACAUGGACGUGGACGUGGACGUGGACGUGGACGUGGACGUGGACGUGGACGUGGACAUGGACGUGGACGUGGACGUGGACGUGAACAUGGACGUGGACGUGGACGUGGACGUGGACGUGGACGUGGACGUGGACAUCGGCGUGGACGUGGACGUGGACGUGGACGUGGACGUGGUCGUGGACGUGGACGUGGACGUGGACGUGGACGUGGACGUGGACGUGGGCGUGGACGUGGACGUGGACGUGGACGUGGUCGUGGACGUGGAUGUGGACAUGGACGUGGACGUGGACAUGGACAUGGACGUGGACGUGGACAUGGACGUGGACAUGGACGUGGACUUGGACGUGGACAUGGACGUGGACAUGACGCAUGCUUGA